AUGUUUCCUCUUACAUUUGUAAACCCAAAUCCGAGACUUCCAUAUCCAUCAUUGUUCAUUGCCAAAUCAUCUCUUGAACCAGCGUCGAGCAGGAGAAGCAGAGCUUUUUCAUCUUCUCACUCUUAUUAUCCUUGGACACCGAACCUUAGAUUGAAUGGGUUCAAGCUCAAGUCAGCUACAGCUCCAGAAAACGUGGAAGGGGGAGAUUCGAAAUCCGAGAGUUUGGUAAAAGGGUUGAAGCUAGGAGGCAUGUUCGGAGUUUGGUACCUCCUCAAUAUCUACUACAACAUCUUCAACAAACAGGUACUUAGGGUUUAUCCAUAUCCAGCGACUGUAACAGCUUUUCAAUUAGGGUGUGGAACUCUGAUGAUUGCAAUAAUGUGGCUCCUUAAACUCCAUCCACACCCCAAAUUUGCUCCUUCUCAGUUUACGGCGAUCGUAAAACUAGCAGCAGCUCACACGUUAGGAAACUUGUUAACAAACGUGAGCUUGGGAAGAGUAAACGUCUCUUUCACUCAUACAAUCAAAGCAAUGGAGCCUUUCUUCACCGUCUUGUUCUCUGUUCUCUUGCUCGGUGAGUGGCCAAGUUUGUGGAUUGUUUGUUCGUUGUUACCAAUUGUCGCUGGAGUCUCUUUAGCAUCUUUUACAGAAGCUUCUUUCAAUUGGAUUGGUUUCUGCAGUGCGAUGGCGUCUAAUGUAACGAACCAAACACGGAAUGUUCUCAGUAAAAAAUUCAUGGUUGGAAAGGAAGCUAUGGACAACAUCAACCUUUUCUCUGUAAUAACCAUUAUCUCCUUUAUCUUACUGGUUCCUGCAGCAAUCAUGAUGGAUGGGUUUAAGCUUACUCCUUCGCAGUUACAAAUAGCUACAAGCCAGGGAAUGUCCGUUAAAGAGUUUUGCAUCAUGUCUCUUCUUGCUGGGGUUUGCUUGCAUAGCUACCAACAGGUAUCGUAUAUGAUACUGGAGAUGGUGUCUCCGGUCACACACUCGGUGGGGAACUGCGUGAAGCGUGUGGUGGUAAUUGCAUCAUCCAUUAUUUUCUUCCAAACUCCAGUUUCACCUCUUAACUCUAUAGGUACGGCGACGGCAUUAGCUGGAGUGUAUUUGUACAGCAGAGCCAGAAGAGUCAAAGUAAAACCAAAACCCAAAACUUGUUGAAUUUGUCUGUACAUAAAAAAAAAAAAAAAAAUUGUAGAAGCUCUUGUAGUUUGUUAUAAAUUGUAGAAGCUCUUGUAGUUUGUUAUCAGUGUGAUAAGCAUAUUUUCCUCUUUUUUUUUGUUCAAUCAUUUGACACCAUACAUACACUCAUACGGGCAUCAUGAAUGAGUUUGUUUAAUGUCACUAAUCCAUUAAAGAAAGAAACGAAACGAAACAAAACAAAACAAUAAUACACUAGGGAGUUGGAAAAUUGUAUCUCCGGCUGAUGAGUAAAACAAUGGGCUUGGAAGAAAAGUGAAUAGCCCACAGAAGGCCCAUAAGAUAAGGAGGCGGCUCGUUUACUCAGAUAUUUUUGUUGAGACGGUAAAAGUAUAAACCUAAUAAAAGGGGAACACACACGUCUUCUCUCCAUCGGGUCUUUUUGGUUUCUCUCUCUUUUGCUCUACGCUUCUUCUUCUCCCUUCUUGUGGCGUAGAUUUUUAGAGAGAGAAAUUUUUAUUUAAAGGGAGAGAAAAAGGGAAUCUCAAAUCUCGACUUGGCAAGAUUUGACCCGACCCGACCCGACCCGACUAAAUCUAAUCUGCUUGCUGGUUGGUUCGUUUUCCAGAGCCCGCUCCUCUUCAUCGGAAA